GGUCUUUGUAUACUAUAAAAGAACGAUCCCGGGUAGCGUACAAAGUCAUCACUAGCUUACACCAGAGACUUACACCUUGUUUUGUGCUCGAGAGGAAAUCAAAUAUGUCGAAAUACUGUUUCAACGCUAAGUUAACAAGACACGUGGCAAGUAUGGAUGAAGGACAAACCAUUCGGUUUACUGCUGACUUGAACAAAGGAAAUCAGUACUCGAAUGGAACUGGAGUAUUCACAGCCCCAGUAGAAGGAUGGUACAGCUUUUCGUUCUCUGUCGCUCACAAAAGUCACAGAGGAUCUCUUUCCGUCCAUCUGCUGGUCAGUGGCACAGCAAGUGUUGGUGCAACCGCACAUCAAGCUCCUGCAGGACAAAAUUCGCAAGCCAGCAACGAAGCGAUCAUCAGAAUGACUGCUGGUGAUGUUGCCCAAGUCGUUGUCUCUGACUCAGCAACGGACGUCAUUGCAGAUGGUUACACUUCAUUUUCAGGCUUUCUCUUGUACAGCGAUUAAAGUUAGCGGAAAGAAAGAGAGAAUCAACCAAUGAAAGUAUGCUUUAUGGACUUCGCUUGCUUAUUAUUAUAAUUGGACGUCAUUUCUAUUGAUUAUAUUACAAAGUAACUACUAUAAUAACGAUAAGAAGACAAGGCUGAACGACACGAUGGGAAAGUUAGGUUUAACCAGUAUGAACGUGUUGGAAGACAAGUUUACGAACGUUUCAUUUAACCAGUCUGAAUGUGUUCAAUUUUUCUUCUUGAAGACAAGUUUUGGAAAGGAGAUUUAGAAAACGUGAAUGUGUUUAACAUUUUCUUGUAAAUACAAUCGUAAUAAAGUAAGAUUUAACCAAACUGAACGUAUCAAAAGUUUGACUUUGGAAGUCAGAUUUUGAGAAAGUUAGAUAUAACCAGUCAGAACGUGUUAAAUUUUUCUCUUUGGAGGUCUUUUAUCAUUUUGAAGGCCAAUGUUAUUUGUAUCAGCAGACGAAUCCUUUAAAUUCUGAAUAUAAUCAUGCCAUGACGAUGAAAUAUAGCACUGCUUUUCUUUUCUAUUCGUACAUUGAUAAAAAUCUCCUUUAAUUUUCAGAUCUAUUGCUGCAAUAAAAUGAAUUAAACCUA